UGCUGGGGGGGAUGCCAUGAAAAGUCGUUGAAGGAGAGAUCGAGGUUCAUCAAGUGGUGUGGACUUGCUGUAAUACCGCACUCUACAAAGGCUAGAGCUGUCCCCAGCAUGCACAGGGCGCUGCUGGGCUCACUUGUCGCGAGUCGAAGCUCAACACCCUACAUUCGCAUGAGUCCUCUCGUUGGUGGUAGGUGUUCUAGAGAGAUUUUGUGCCCCCGCGCGUCGGGGCCAACCAGAAUCCCGCCACACUCGCACCUGAUCAACUCGAGCCCACCUUUGAGCACCAGCCACGCAGCCAGAUGCUGGCUUCCUUCGACGACAGUCACUGAGUCGUGCUCAGCAAAUAUGUGCAGAAGCGCAAUCGCAAACAUAUUCCACACGGGCACGUACGCGACAGAAGAAAUGCGCAGCUAUAUAGAUCGACAUUAUCCUGCACACUCACGACUCACACGCGUGAGCCGUUUCAGAGAUUCGUGAUGCACGCAUGAUUCAUGAUUGUGAUGGAUCGCAAGGGACGGCUCGCACUCAAGAGUCACGAGUGUCUCUAUCGUGUAUCGCGGCGCUUCAGAAGACAUGCAAAGACACCAGAGACGACUUCUCAAGAACAUUCCCAAAGCCGUCCCUGUUUCAAAACCGCGGACUUGCGUCAAGUCUGCUCGCAGGCUAGCAGCGUGAGACAUUUACGAUUGCACAGACACAUCGUCUGCAUGCACCCAGCCCGCAUAACCUAUCGCUCCCGCAGCGCUGAAGAAGAAUUGCAAAUCGCAGCGACGGAUGGCCAAGUCGUGCUUGAAUCAACAAUCAAGAAUCUGAAUCGAUAAGGGCCCAGAAGUAUGUCGAACGAACGAGUCACGAGUCACAAGUGAAGUCUGCCCGCCUUUCGUGGUCGACCCGUCCAUCAAUGGUGGCGUCAGAACCUCGCUCACUGCGCAUGACGCAUGCCCGCAAUGUGAAUCAGUUGUGAAUCACAAAUCGCGAAACAGAGCAUUUUCCUCAGCGCCAUGGCGAAAUUCCUUGGCUUCCUACGCGUCACAUACACACCUACAAAGGAGCUUCUUUUUGUAUUGCAACUUACUCACCGGUCGAGAGAUAGGGAGCCCUAAGAACUCAGACCCAGACACGUUCUUGAUCUCCAUCUUUGACUCAUCACACUCACGUGAACUUUAUCGUUUGUAUAUCUUGCAGCAUGUGACCGACCAUCAGAAGGGGCAUGCAUCCGAUCGAUCAAGAAGGAUCUCCAUCACGCAAUUCCGACGAAUGAUGGCACCUCAAUCAAGAGCCAGACUGGAUGAAACAUGAUUACUUGGACGACAGCCGGACCUUGCAUGCGGCGAUCCGGCUCGCCCAACGGUGAAUUACAAAGGCGCGGUCCUGCUGGGCGUUCAACACUUCUGCUCUUCAUUCGUUUCAAUCGCUCGGCUUCGGGUCUCAAUCUGAUUCAAAAGUGAGACCACGGCCCGCCUGCUGCAUAUAGUGCUGGAAAAAUGUGGUAUCGACAUCAGCUGACACGAUACGCAGGCUGCUCGGCACAGAAUCACGCGACAUCAUGUAUUUUGCUGCUGUCACGUCGCAGCACGAGAUGCCUGCCUUUGGAGCAUUGGAUGAUAUAUGCAGCAAGACUUCUCACGAAGCGUGUCUCGCUUCAUGUCUGCAAGAUAUGAAGUGCUGCAUGGACAUACAGCCUCUUUCUUGGCACACGACGAUCUCGAUGUUGAGUUGAUUCGCCUGGCUCGCUCGCAGCUUUAUUCGUGAUUGUUCCGACAAAAGCACAGGUCAUCGCGGCAAUCACGAAGUGCUCAAUCUCGAUCACAACCCACGACUUCAUUCCGAGAACGGCUGGACUGGAUCGUAGAGGCGUGGAUCAGGCGCGGACUUUCUGCACGCCCGCGUCGAUCUCGACUCAAGAGAGUUGCGACAGGGCACCAGCGUCAAAUCCGGAACGCAGGAACUCCGCUGUCACGCUUCAAGGCACCAACAAAGGAUGGUACACGAAUCUUGGUUUCAACGCUCAGAGACUUUGGAGCACGUUCCAUCUGGCACAGUGCGUCCAUUGUCAUCUCACAUUGUCUCACGGCGCAAUCACGAAUGGAAGGAGCUAGCCAGAUCGAGCAGGAUCAUCCACUCGACCUUCGCAUGCUCAUCCCUCUGACUUGCUUUUCUGACAAGCAU